GAGUAUUCACAGACUGCAGCUGGAGUACCGCUCACUCUGUGGAGAAAAUAUCCCUCUGAAGAAACUGGGCUUCAUCAAUUUGGAAGACUAUCUCAGAGGCAUACCCUCUGUGGUGCGGCUGGACUAUAACAAUGGCGAUUACUAUUUUGAAGUGGAAAUCUGAACACCCAUAACCAGGGCAAGCGGAGCCGAGCCACUACUGUACAGUGGAAAAGCGGUAUUGAUUUUCUAAAUUAAUCAAGGUGAAAUCAACAAUGAAUCUUAAUUUUUAAAGAAAAAAGGAGAUUGGUACAAUAUCAGGCAGAAUUACAGACUGUGUGGAACCAAGCUGCAGCUGCACUUGUUCUCAUCACCUUUUAUUUUGAGAUGCUUUGCUGCAGUAUGCAGCGAGACAGCACACAUCGCCCAGCUGGUGGCGCGACAGAAGAGUUCCAAGAAAUCAGGAUGUUCCCAAUUCGUUAAUUGCAGGAUGAGACGCAAAGCUUCUGACCCUUACAUGCGUCGUGGGUGGCCAAUGUCUUCUCUGCGGCAACCUUCUGCUGGUGGCACUUUCAAGCUAACAAACCGCUUUCAAUCCCAUGGUGGCUACAGAGGCUUCAGUGCCUCAGGAGAUGUCAGGCAGAUGGGCCAGUGUAUCAUCCCACCAGUGGAACACAGACACUCUGCCCCUCACCCAGCUGUGAAACAGUCUGUUAUCCCUGACAGGCCCAAGAAUUUGGUCAUUCUCCAAAAAUCAGAAGAGAAUCCACCUGAACAAGUCUCCAGAACCAACUGUUCUGAGUCAAGACUGUAUGACUAUGACGAGAUUGUGGUGCAGCGAAGGUUAAACCAGCUAUUGAAGAAGUACUGCGCUGGGCUGUGGAUGUCUAAACUGCCAACUGUCUUCAGUGAAAUGUUCAGUCAGCAGCUCCAUCCUCAUGUGCUCAAAGAUCUGGAAAAGUGGACACAGAUUUGUAUGGUAGAGAAAUCAUACAGCACCAAAGGAGACCGCCUGGUUUACCCUCCUCUGCCUUCCUCGACUGCUCACAGAAGUGGCCUGGCUGACGAACCUGCAAAAUCCUCCAUCAACUUGAGCACUAUAGCUACAUUCAGUUACUCACAGGAGUCUACUUCAGCCCCUCUUCCAGUUGACCAUGUUCCAAAACUUACAGUUUUCUCCAUAAAACCCCCUGCCGACCCAGCACUCGGAUUGUCUACACAGCCUGCUGAUCACGCCACAUCUUUGAAAGUGCCACAAAAGUUGUUCCACAGUCUUGCAGUCAGUUCAAGUAAUGUUAACUUUGUCACUGCUGAUAACCUCAGACAAAAUGGUCCACCUUUGGCUCCUACAUGGAAAUGUCCUCCAAAAAACAACUCUUGUAAAAUUUCCUCAGAAGAUUUACCACCACGCAAGUCUGCAUUGUCCUCGAUCUCUGUUUUUUGCCCUAGUCCUCCUGUCAAGUCAUGUGCUGCCCUUGUGCCAGAUGAUGUGUGUUACAGAAUAAAGGAACUUCUAUCAAAGUACAGCAAUGGGCUGUGGGUCCAUGCAUUGCCUAAACUUUUCAUUGACACAUACAAGACCCCAUUCCCUCAGCAUUUUAUGAAUAAAUUGUGUCUCCUUCCGGACCUGUGCACUGUGGAAUACCCUAUUCCAAAUGACAGCAAGAAGGCCAUCCUGUAUAAGUCCAUGAGAGUAAACCUGGAACAAACUGACAGCAGAGGCAGUCAGAAGAGCAGAAGCUACCACCUUCCAUCUGGCGUGAAUGUUAUUGGCCCCAAAAUUCCUGCCCGUUUAGUUCAUCCCUCAAUGCAGUAUCCCUCUGUGCUGGUUAUUGAUGCCAAAAGCAGUAAUGCAGUCACCAUAAGGUAUGUUGGCAAGGACUAUUCCGAAGCCCAGGAGGCAAUGGAGGAUGCUAUGCUUUCCUUCUAUAAACAAAACUCCACCCUCCAGCCUCUCUCUAAGCUUGCUGUGGGUCAGGUGGUAGCAGUCAAAGGGGAGAAUGGCAAUGAACUGACUAGAGCUCAGGUCACUGAGGUGACCAAGAAUAACAUCACGGUUUACUAUGUGGACCACGGCUUUACUGUGGAGACUCAUAGAGCAAGUGUCCUGGAUUUGCACCAUGACUUCCUUUCACUGCCCUUCCAAGCCACCAAUGUUAGGCUGGCAGGUUUAGAGGCAUUCAGUUCCCAUCCCUCUGUGUUGUCCACUUUGGAGAGGUUUGCGGUCGGAAAGAUUCUACUGAUGGAGAUGUUGGGUUCUAUUCACCACAAUGACUUGCCUGAGGCAUUGCUCUAUGACACCUCACAAGAUGAAGAAAUCAACAUAAACUCUGUCUGCUUAAAGGAACUGCUGGACAAAACCAUGAAUAACCCCUUAACUGUGUAUUCUACCUAUCAGGGUGUAUGUGUCACAAAUGUGUGUGCAGAUGGCAUUGUCUUCUGCCAGCUGCCCUCCAGAGGAACCGCGAGACUCAACAAGUUGUUGGAAAAAACAAAAGCAUUUUUUAUAUCCCAGAUGACUUCUGAAUACUUGGUUUCUAAACCCUUCCAUGGUAAGAUGUGUCUGACAUGCUACAAAGAUAAAUGGUCCAGAGCAGAGAUAACCAACCUUCAUGGCAAUAGGGUCAUUGAGGUUGUCUUAAUUGAUUUGGGUGUACCAGCAACUGUAGAGGUGACUGAACUUCGAGAGAUACCCACUAUUUUUAUCGGAGCCUUCACCCUCAUCCCGCCACAGGCCAUCAGAUGCCGUCUGGCUGAUGUGACUGUUCCAGAGGGAGACUGGAGCCCAGAUGUUGUUUCAUGUAUAAAGGAUGCUGUCCUGGGGGUUGAAGAUUGUAAAAUGAAGAUUUUGAAGUUAGAGGAGGACAAAGGGGGGAGACUGGUGCACAUAUACCUAUAUGUUGAUGCUGACUGUGAAGACAUGCACCAGAGCAUCAACCAUCAGUUGAGCAACCCAGACGCAUGGCAGACACUCAACAGCAAAAAAAGCUGCAUGGCCACUGAUAAUUGCAGUGCUUCAGUAAAGAGACUGGCUUUAAACAGCCCAACUCAUCUUCAUCCACGACUAUGUGAAUCAUCUUCGACAGAUACAACCGCCAGGAUGCCCCCACCACUGGAACUCCCCCUGCCUGGUCAGAACAUGGAUGUCCAUAUACAAUCAGCUUGCCACCCUGCUUACUUUGUGCUGCAGCCAUGGCAGGAUCUGCAUAAAUUGGUAGUGUUGAUGGGAGAGAUGAUGCUCUAUUACAAUCAGACUGUUACCACCACAGUUAUGGAAAUCAAGAAAGGAGACAUCUAUGCAGCCAAAAUAGACAAAAAUUGGUACCGUGCAGUGGUGAAGGGUGUUCUGUCCAACGGCUUGAUUUCCAUUUAUGAGUUGGACCACGGCAAACACGAGCUUCUCCGCAGCGCUUUCCUCCAACCUUUGAUUGAGGAAUUUCGACAGCUGCCUUUUCAGGCCAUCACUGCACAGCUGGCAGGUGUACCAAAGUGCCAGUGGUCAGAGGAGGCCUCCAUGGUCUUCAGGAACCACGUGGAGAAGCAAGCACUUGUGGCCCAGAUUGAAAGUGUACAAGACGAGUCAGAGGUCAAGGGAGAACUGUGGGAGCAGAAAAUAACUGUGUAUUUAGUGGACACCAAAGUGGAAGACAAGGAUCUUUGGAUCCACAGCUUCAUGGCAGACAUUUGGAGUCAGCCAUCUUCCCCUGCUUAGAGAAUCAGAAAUGUUCGUUCGUUAUUUUUUGUUUUGCUGUGCUUAAUGCAUGUUUUGAUUUGUUAAUUUUUUUUUCCUUGUUUAAACUUGAAAAUAUUAAAAAAAAAUAAAAGUUAA